AUGACUGUCGAUCUUGUUUUGAUGGUCUUAAUUUUGAUAUUAGUACUUUACUCAUAUACGACAACACAGAAUCAAUUCGCGGCAACAGCGUCUGCGCUCCGACAGAUCUGGUCUGGAGGUUGUCCCUUAUCAUGCCGGCACAGCGAGUACAGCAGUCUUAGCGGUCUCAGCAGCAGACCUGACAGUCAAACUGCAGAAUGUCGAAUAAUUCCGCCACGCAGAGCGCAGGCCGCAGAAACCAGCAGAUGCGCUUGCGAGAACUGCCCAUGCGCGCUCAUUGAAAAUUUCAUCAGUUCCUGCAGACCAGCUUCAACAAUGUAUACACAAUUUUUAACCUGCACCUACAAUUGCAUAGACUACUUUUUACAAAUGGUUAUAGGUAUAUAUGAGUUUCUGGUUAGAAUUAUAUUGUGUCAAGCAUCGUGCCAAACAAGACCAGCUCAGAUAAGUAUGCCAAAUGUUGAUCAACGGCCAAAGGAAAAUUUGAAAAUUAAUGAAGAUGUAGACAACCGGGAUAGUUUUGCUAAUAAAUUAAAAAAUCAAGUUAAUAAAAGAAAAAAAGGAAGUCUAGAAAGUCUCCGCGAAGACAAUGUACCACUGGUUGAAAAAGAUGAAUGGAUUGAUCAGAAUAAAUUAAGUAAAGCAAAAGUUGAGAAAAUACCUAAAAAGAUACUCGAAGAAGAGGUCACAAAUAAAAAGAAGGAAAAAUCGGAAAGAACUUCCAAAGACAGUGACGAGACACCUCAUGAAAGCGAAUAUAAAACAGAUAGUGUUCGUUCAUCUCUAUGUAAAACAACAUCUGAUAAUGUUCUUGCAUCUGGCGCGGGGAGUAGUUCGGAACCCUCACCAAAUAGUAACUGUGCUAAAUGUGUGGCUAAGGGUCGGACUUGUGUAAAAGAUUGUCCAAAGGCUAGAAAAAUGAAAAAUAAAUAG